UACUUCUCCGAAUGAAAGGUGACCUGUUUCCGGUACACAGCUGAUCAAACAUUGGGGCAGACGGUGUAGCUGAUUAUUGUUGGUUUUUGUUGCUGUUAUUGUUUUGAGAAGCAAAUUGACGAUGCCAAUACGAGAAUUCACAUACACAGGUGGUGACCUUGAGGUGACCCCUCAGAUGCUGUCGGACUUCAAUGAAGCUGGCUACAUUCUUGUCAGAGGCCUCCUAGACAGUGUGGAGUUGAAAAAGGUCCAGGAGUGCCUGGAAGGCAGUGAUGCUAUCAUGAAGCAUGCAUAUGGGAUUUCUGAUGGUGAGGAUCGUGAGAGCAAGCUGUGCAUCUGGAGCCACCCCGGGGAUGAUGUGACGGGCAUGGUGGGGCGCUGUGAGAAGGUGGUCACAACAUCAGAGAAGUUGCUUGGAGGGGAGGUGUAUCAUUACCACACCAAGCUGAUGAUGAAGGAAGCAUUUACUGGGGGCAAGCACGUGUGGCAUCAGGAUUAUGGAUACUGGUACAAAAAUGGCUGUCUGUUCCCUGACAUGUUGACCGUCUUCAUCUCCAUUGAUGCAUGUACCAAGGCUAAUGGUUGUCUCCAGAUUCUAGAGGGGUCUCAUCGCUGUGGUCGGAUCGAGCACCUGUAUGUUGGUGACCAGACUGGAGCUGACCUUGCUCGGGUCAAGGAGCUACAAGGUCAACUGGAGCAACUGUAUGUGGAGAUGAAGCCAGGUGAUGCCCUGUUCUUUCACUCUAACCUGCUGCACACCUCCAGCCCCAACACCAGCCCCGACCGCCGCUGGGCAUUCCUGUGUGCCUACAACCGUGCCAGCAACAACCCGGUGUAUGAGCAUCAUCACCCCCAGUACACCCCACUAGUCAAGGUGCCCAACAGCGCCAUCCGAGACUGUGUCAACCUGACCGACACAUCAGGGAAAGACUUUGUGGACCCAUCUAAAGACAGGACAGUGAAGAAGGGGGACGCAGCAGUCCCCAGCACGAAGCGCCAGAAGUUGUCAGCGUAGCCUCCUCCCGAUGUCCUUCAUCUGCAACAAUGGUCAGCUGGUGGUUGAUUAGAACCUUAACACAGGGUGCUGACUGUCAGCAUCACUGCUAUCAGUUAUCAGUAGACGAGGAUCAAGCUCUGGAGACCAUAUAUAAUGACCACCUGGGAUAUAUUGUUUUAAACUCAUUUUGUCUACAGCUGUUUCUUCAGACUCACCAUCCAUUUUUCCAAUUUUGCUUGAGUUUCUUCUUGUCACCUUCACACAGUUCUCUAGAUGCCAACCACUACACCAUGGCCUGUAUCAAAAUGAUAUAUAAAAUUUGAACCAAGCAUAUAGGUAAUUUUAUUUUAAAAAAAGAAUGUUCCCAGUAAACCGUGCUGGACAUCAAUUCAACAGUGGUUAAUGGAUUAUAGUUCUGAAUUACUUCAUUUUGACCACAAUUGCUUGAGGUGGAGGCCUGUAGUGUUGCUCCAGUGGUGGAGGAGGGAGGCUGGGGGUGUGGUUCACUAUGGUAACAUGCUACCCCAGCUGCUAUAGUGCACCCCGACACCACGAUGUCAUGUUGUGAAAUGUAUAAUAACCAAGAUUUGUACUCUGUAUCACUUCCAUCAAAACUUUGGGAUAUACAUGUAUUACUGUGUCCAUGGACAUAAUUCUAGCUUCAGUCAUAUUGCUACAUUCAUACACUAUCAUCCUGGAUCAACUUGAACCAUGUCAGCCUAUGCAAUAUCUCAUCCCAGUAUAUAUUUUCAGAAACAUGCCCUAAUGGUCUCUGUACAUACUUCAGUGUUUAUUUGAAAGUUUGCUUAUAGAAGAGAUUAUGUGUUUUGGUUCUGGACAAACAACCAUGCUGAUAUUGUAACAACUAAAGACCUCGUUGAUCAUGAAGACAGAUGACUAUGUAUUCAUAAUGUGUAAUGACAGCUGACGUUUGUUUGAUUGACUAUGACACCUUAGUAUUGUGGAUCAACAUUGCCCUGAAGUCAACCGUGGCAACCCAGAAGGUGUGGUCAUCAUUGCCCUGAAGUCAACCGUGGCAACCCAGAAGGUGUGGUCAUCAUUGCCCUGAAGUCAACCGUGGCAACCCAGGUGUGGUCAACAUUGCCCUGAAGUCAAAACAGGCAUUUAGCAUAGUUGUCUUAUUCAAACUAACGUGGACCUGAUUGACCUGAACAAAAUCUUAAAUACCUCUAUUUGCACAACUGUCUUGAAAGGCCAUGUGAACAUAAGUUGUUCCAAAUCAUCCAUCUUUGUCCAAAUGUUUUACAAGUUAAUGGUGCAGAUGAACAUAUAAGUUCCCAUUAGUUUUACAUGUUCUAUACUUUGACCUUUAUACUUUGACAGUACUAAAAAUGGACAUAUUUUGCUGCCACUAGUCAAUCUUUCUGUGUCAAUUUGAAAUGAAAUUUGGUAUUUGGUAUGCAUGUAAUUUGAUGUGAAUUUCACAUUGCUAAAUUUAAUAUUUUGAAUUGGUCGUACUUUUGAAUUUCCUAAAACUUCACACUGGCUCUGUAAACUUCUUCCCUCUUGAAUGGCUAACAGGUGAAGAAGCUGUGCUUUGCUAUAUAUGUUUUUCCUUCCGAGGACAUCAUAAGUGGUUCAAAUUAUGUCUUUUAUAAGUUUUUAAUCAUCAGCACCAGUAUUUAUGCUGAAAACACUUUUGAAUUGCAAUGCUGUUAGCAACUUUGUUGACGUUUUAAAGUGGAGACUAAAUAUGAGCUACAGUGAGUAAAACUAUGCCCUUAGAGAAAUGCAGAUGAAAUCUUCAGUGUCUCCACGCAUCUUUCACCUACAAUUCUCCUGAAAGUCACUCUCACCAGCUGUUAUCUGUUGUCAGGACAAUAGAAUCACAACAUUUCACAUUGUGCCCUUAGAUUUCCUGAAUGUUCAGAAAGUUCCAAAUACAUUCAACUGUUAUAUGGGAUGUUUUUAUAUGUUAUAUUUCUAUAUGUUAUAGAUGUUACUAGUUUCACCUUUUUCAUUCUCUUCAUUUUUAUCAGACAUAUUCACAUGGUAGAAUAGAAUUUUGAUAACCACACUUAUAAAUAAUCAAGGGAGGAGAAAAAGUCUAUUGUGUGGACUGAAGUAAAGUUGAACCUUGCUAGCCUGGACUGUACAGAAUUCAGGAAAUGAGCCAAACUAACAAAUGUCCGCAUUAAGGAAUCAGGGUUAUAGAAUUUCUUCUGAUAUUCAGAGAGGGUUUCAAGGUUCCACUGUUUAUUUGGAAGUCACAGCUUGAACUUUGUAUAAGUAUGUGGACAGACUUGUGAACAGUGACUGAUCUGCUUCUAUCAUUGUUUAGUGCAGUGUCAGUUCACAUGAGUAGUUUAGUGUUAUCUAUUUUUAUUGGUUUUACGCAGGGUUUCAUUUGUAUUAAUGCAUUUUUUGUCAAUUAACUUUCUAAAGUGGCACUUGCCAUGUCUUGUUGUCUACUGGGAUAUGUGUGGAGCACCUUGCAGGGUGUCAAAUGACGUAUUUCACUUACACUAGGGGGCACGGAAGUUAAUCUGGGUAUAUUUUAGCUCAACAGCCCGUAUGUCUUUCAGUAUGAGUUGAGUUUAAUACCCAUUUCUGGACUUAUGUGAUGUCACAUUGUUAAUCCUGAAAUGAAAAACUGGAAACUUUGUAAUGGAUUAUGACCAAUAAAUAUGUUUAUUUUCAAAGUU